AUGUUCGCCUUUGUCUCUCGCCGCACUGCUUCGAUGCUCCCCCGCAUGGGUGUGCGUGCCAAGCACACCCUUCCUGAGCUGCCGUACUCGUACGGCGCUCUGGAGCCUGCCAUUUCAGGUCAGAUCAUGGAAGUGCACCACGCCAAGCACCACCAGACAUACGUCAACGGUCUCAACAACUUCGAGACCCAGAUGGCUGAGGCGCUUGCGAAGGGUGAUGUGAAGAAGGCUAUCUCGCUCCAGCGUGGCCUCAACUUCAACGGCGGUGGCCACAUUAACCACUCGCUGUUCUGGAAGAACCUCGCCCCGACGUCGCAGGGUGGCGGUCAGCUCGACAGUGGUGAGCUGCGUACUGCCAUUGACCGUGACUUUGGCGGCCUGGAAGAGAUGAAGAGCAAGUUCAACGCUGCCCUCGCCGGUAUCCAGGGCAGUGGUUGGGGCUGGCUCGGCUACCAUGCAGAGAGCGGCCGCCUCGAUAUCAUCACGACGGCCAACCAGGACCCGCUUGUGUCGCACACGCCUAUCAUCGGUGUGGAUGCUUGGGAGCACGCAUUCUACCUGCAGUACAAGAACGACAAGGCCACGUACUUUAAGAACAUUUGGAACGUGAUCAACUUUGAGGAGGCCGAGAAGCGUCUUGUCGCUGCGAAGCAGUAA